AUGGGUCAGAGAAGUUUUGAAACACGCAAACCAUUUUUCGUAGUGGCCCCAAGGAGCCAAGACAAAAUUACUUGCCGUUGUCGGCUUCAUGUUGAGACACGGAUGGUAUUUCAAUCUUCCUUAAAAUUUCGUAGAAGUGUCAUUGCUAAGAAUGGUCAAGACGAAAAUUGUCCAAUUUUUGAACACUUGAAUGAUAUGGUGAACAAAACGAUGUGCCCUAAGGUGGAAAGCAAUAGCUAUCAUCGCAAAGAGUGCGUUAACAGAGAAUGUGAUAGAUGUGGCGUAAACAAACUGGAGCUCCUGAAUGAAGAGAAAGAUGUCAGCCAUAACGCUCCCUUAGUAACGUGGCAGAAAUUUGAAUACGUACCAUUGGGCCAAACACAGGAUGGACAAGAAAAGAAGAAGCUUCAGCUGAUGAAGAAAAAAACAACUCCGGGUGUCAUGUUUGAUAACUUAAAAUCUUUACUGCGUGAUUUUUCUUCCCACCAGUUUCGUGCAAGUUGGCAAAGCAAACAGAUGAAAGAUCUGAUAGAACAUCUACCCCCUGAGCACGUAUGUUGUAUCCAUGACUACUCAGAGAACUAUAGCUGCACAAGUCAGAACUAGUUGCAGAGCCAAUAUUAUUCCCAAACGUAGGCAUCCAUACAUGUAACUGUUUUACACAAGCACGCGAUUAAAGAUGUUGAUGGUGUUGACAGCACCUUAGAGGAGCCAGUCAUCGUUACAGAACACAUUUUUGUUAUUUCCCCAGACACAAAACAUGACCACCACUCAGUCCAUCAGGUGCGAAAACUGGUGGCAGAAUAUCUAGAAGAUAUAAAGUACGAUGUUGAAGUGAUGCACGAGUGGACUGAUGGCUGUUCUGCCCAGUACAAGAGUCGUCACUGUAUGGGGGAUGUUUCCUUUUCCAACUCAGACUUUGGCUACAGAACGACUAAAGGUCCGCAAGAUGGCGCAGGGGCUAAUUUAAGACAUAAGGCAGACAUGGCAGUUAUUAAGGGGCAGGAAGACCUUUAUAAUUUUGCUCAAUAUAACCCUAAGACUCCGUCUCCUUCACGCUACCAGUCCGAAAACGUGCAACUUAAAAGGCGAAUUUUUUUCUUAGUGAAGAAAGUCAAUCCUGAUCCUGGGGAAGAAUAUUACUUACUUAAAAUAACUGGAAAUGGCCCAGAGCAUCUCCGAAAAAGGGUUAAGGAUGACUGGGGCAUGUGCUUUCCACCAGGAGCUGAAGUAGAAAGGGGCCACUUCUUGAUAAGACGACAAGACGAUCCCUCCCUUCAUUCCUACUGUAUAGAGAAAGGAAAACUGGCGGUCGUUUAUACGGCUACUGCGCUCUACAUCUGCCCUGAGCUUGAAAGUCAGAUAAGCAACGACAGGGAAAUAAUUGAACUGUCUGAGCAUCUUGAUAUUCUUGAAUCGCUAAAUGGAUUCUAA